AUGCCCAUCACAAUUCUCAGUCCUCAAGGGCCACCACAACGGCAACCCGCCGCUUCUGCCCCGUCAGACGUGGACAUGGACUCAGAUUCGGACUCAGACUCUGGCGGCGGUGGUGCUGACCUGGCUUCAUUCCAGAAGCGACGGGGCACAGAUGACGAUGGUCUAGCCGACGAGAUUCUCACCCCAGGAACCGUCAUAACGUCCAACCCACAAUGGAUGCGCGGCCACGGAACUUAUGUCCCAUCAUUCUCAUCGAGCAUAACCUCUUCCCUAGCCGGUACGUUGACCAAGACGAACAAGCUCCUGUCCGUCCGGCCCCUCCGGGCCCGGUACGCGCCCGAGAUAGGCGACCUGGUUGUCGGCCGCAUCGUCGAGGUUCAGGGGAAGCGGUGGCGCGUCGACGUGGCGGCCUCGCAGCUGGCCAUACUGCAGAUCUCGGCCAUCAACCUCCCCGGCGGCAUACUCCGCAAGCGCACCGAGACGGACGAGCUCCAGAUCCGCAGCUUCUUCUCGGAGGGGGACCUGGUCGUGGCCGAGGUGCAGCAGCUCCACCAGGACGGCGCCGCGAGCCUGCACACCCGCAGCCUCCGGUACGGAAAGCUCCGCAACGGCGUCUUCGUCGCCGUCGCCGGCGGCGGCGGUGGCGGCGUCGUCGUCCGGUCCAAGAGGCAGGUCUGGACCAUGGAGGCCGCCAACGGCUCCGCCAACCUUGACGUCAUCCUCGGCGUCAACGGCUACGUCUGGAUCAGCAGGCACGUCGAAUCCAACGUCGCCGCCGAGGCCGCCGGCGUCAACCGCAUGGAGGAGACGCUCAGCGCCAACGUCUACUCCAGCCAGAACGAUCACAUAGACACCGCCACCAUGCGGGAGAUUGCCCGCAUGCGCAGCGUCGUCCUCGCCCUCGUCGACAACGGCCUUCGCGUCGACGAGGACAUGGUCACCCGCGCCUACCACGAGGCUGUAGAUAUGGCGAGGGAGACUACCGAUGAUGACUUGUACCUCGGCGGUGAAAAGGGCCGGAGAUUGGCUUCUCUGUUGACUACCGGUAACUGA